UUGACCUUCCAUUGUACAAGAUCAGCUAGUAAGAACCAUCUCUCACAGAUUAUUCCUUGAAAGAAAAAGUCCUAAAUAAAAAGGGAGACGACUUUCGCAAUAUGGUAGCAACCUUUAAAAACGCUGGACAGCGACAAAACCAUCGCGAACGCUCUCAGCCUAAUGAGCGUCGAAAAUUGGGAUUGUUGGAGAAACGGAAAGACUAUGUGGCUCGCGCUCAAGAUUAUAAUAAUAAGCAGAAAAAAGUUAAGCGUUUGCGCGAAAUAGCGCAAGAAAGAAAUCCAGAUGAGUUUUACUAUGGAAUGACUCACAAAAAGACGAAGAACGGCGUUCCUCGUGAAGAACGAGAGGAUUCUUCCAUUGAUAUGGAUACUAUAAAAAUCUUAAAGACACAAGAUAUUGGUUGGAUUCGUCAUCAUCGAGAUAUUGAGCGCUCGAAAAUUCAAGAAUUAGAACAGAAAAUGCACAUGGUCGGAGCUCAACGUUUUAAAUCGGAGCCUCGGAAGCACACAUUGUUUGUCGAUGGAAAAAAAGAAGCAGCCAGGUUUGACCCAGCUGAACACUUUCAGACCAGUGCCGAAUUGGUCAAUCGAGCUGAAAAUCGAUUACGCGUUGAUCAAUUAGGAGAAACGAAUAUGAAGGUAGACGAGUUUUCAAGUCGCCUUCACAGUAAGUUGAAAGAGAAAACGGCUAGAGAAUUGCUUUUGCGGAAAAAGCGGGAUGCUAAGCUUGCAGCAGCCGAAGAACGUGUUCAGUUAGAACGGUUAUUACAAGGAAAAGGAGGCCGCCAGAAAAAGAAAACUGUAAAUGGAAAACCCGUUUAUAAAUGGAGAAACGAACGUAAAAGGUAAGCUCAAAUCGCUACUGGUCGCUACUGGUUUGGUCACUUUAAGAAGACUAUAAGAUGAAAAGACGGAAACGAAAGAAUCCGUCCUCUUAAUUUUGUUGGUUUUUCACAUCUAUUACUUGGGUUUGGUUUUUUGCAUAAUUGGUAUCUGAUAAUAAAAUGAAUCUUUUCUACCUAAAACAUCGUAUACAUUUC